UGGACGCGGGGGUAUUUAAAAACAAACCCGAGCAUUGGGGCCAGGCACACACACAGGGCACAAGAAGUUGCAAUUUAAAUCCUCCACUCUGGAUGUUUUGAAGUCCUUUACCAGCUACCUCGCCAGUGCCGCAAGCAUGGUCCGCCCUGCACAUACCCCGAAGCGGAUGCUGACCUCCACCCCCAAGGCAGGAGCCAAGCCACCAGAGGAACUCCCAAAGCUGUCCACUACCUCCUCCUCUGCAGCCACCACCCCUACCAAGCGCCGCCGCUCUUCCUUGUAUCCCAGAAAGAAGAGUUCCAAGGGGCCCAAUAAGUCCGGCAACACCCCAGCUCGCAGGCACAGGUUCCGGCCCGGCACUGUCGCCCUGAAGGAGAUCCGCCACUACCAGCGCACCUGGAACACUCUCAUCCCCAAACUGUCUUUCUCUCGGCUGGUGCGGGAGAUCCUUGGAGAGUACCGUAGUGAUCUCAGGAUUCAGUCACUGGCAUUGCAAGCCCUGCAGGAGAGUGCCGAGGUGUUCCUGACCGGCCUGCUGGAGAGAGCCAACCUGUGCAGCAUUCAUGCCCGUCGCAUCACUAUCACGCCGCCAGACAUGAAGCUGGUCCGGCGCAUCUUGGAUGAUUAGUGGUGCUUUCCUGGCCAUUCGACCUCCUCCCAAGGCUUAGCCACUGGGGGAAGGGUAUCUUACUAAAUUCUGCAAUCCUAUCUUCCUCUGCAUCACUACCUCUGUCACCUUUCCUCAUGCAUCUGCCAUGAAAAUCCUAGCCACUCCCAUCUGGAAGCUGGCCAUAGUGUGUGGCACACACACUUUAGAAGUAUUAUGUUUAAAUUUUCAGAGAAAUCACUUAGUUCAUAAAUUUUUAGAUAUAUUUGUAAAGUGGCAAAGAAAAUCCACCAGUGUAACUGUUCCAUGUCUUUAAGGGUGUAUUCUUUUUCCAUGUGUGAAACAGUGUGAGGGGAUGGAGCAGGGUGUUCUUUUGAAGGACUGUAACUCAUAACAGUGCAGACAAAAUGCAUGUAUUGAGGUCAGUUCUCAUGUUUUUAUAUGUUUCCAAUUUUUUAUUUUAUUUAUGUACCAGGCUGACUGAAGAGACUAACUAGUCCACUCACUGCUCUUUGAGAACUAACAAAUACAAUGGCAGCAUUCUUCCAUCCUACUCAUGGGGUUUUACAGUAGUUGUGUAGUUGCAUUUCCAAGAUUUGUUUUUCCUCUAUAUGUAUGUAUAAUUAAAGGAUCUAAUUUGUACCUGACAUUAUACUUAGUCUUUUCACUGCCAUUUUUCAUAAAGAAUCAAUUUGUAAA